GAGUCACGCAAGGGAAGAUGGUGAAACAUGGCUGCGAAUUCAGCUGCGAGAGUUUUCUUGGCAUUUUGCUGUUUCUUUAGCCAUUGCGCUCUAAGUUGGGCAACUUUACCAUAUUGUGGAAAUGAUUCUUAUAAAUACAUCCCACUGCAAAUGGGAGACAAUGGAGAAGAAUAUACCCUCAAACAAGUACACGUGAUUAUCAGACAUGGGGACAGGACAAGAGCGAAUGCUGCUCCCUGUUGGGCUAAUGACACAGCCGUGUGGGACUGCCUGUUGACAUCUGCUUCUCUGCCCGUCAUCAAACAUGAUAUCCAUGAUAUAACAGUGGACAGGAUAUACAGAGAUGUUUACAUGCCUGGUCGGAAUGACAUGAAAGGUGACUGUGGCUUGGGUCAUCUCACUUUUAAAGGAUACAAACAGGAGGAAGUCAAUGGACGGAAUUUGCGCCAAGUGUACGUUGACACUGGGUUCCUUUCCCCCAACUACUCCAGUCAUGAAGUGUUUUUCCGAACAGAUGAUAUGUCAAGAACAAGACAGUCUGCUCAAGCUCUGGCUUUAGGUAUGUUUCCACCCUCAGCUCCAUCGUCAGGGAAAUCUCAAGUGGUAGACAUUAAUGUGAUGGACAAAGAUUUUGAUGAUAUGGAACCAAAUCCCAAUCUUUGCCCCAAGUUAAAUCAAUAUCAGAAAGAAUUCUUUGCAUCUGAAUCAUGGAAACAGCAUUACAAUGAAAAAACUGAACCUCUACUGGCCGAAGUUGAGAAGGCACUUGGUCUCACGUACAAACUGACCCCAGAGGGUUUGAACCACAUUGCAGACUGCCUUUUUGUCCACAUUUGUCACGGGUUCCCUAUCCCACCCACUGUAUCGUCAGACCUUGUGGAGCGCGUUGCCAGUGAAGUGGAGUACAUGUGGUAUGCCACCUUUGAAUAUCCUACAAUACAGGACCACGCCAAAGUUGGCAUUGGAUUUCUGAUCAGCGAGAUUUGGAUGGCGAUGCAAGAAGCUCUGGAAGAAAGUAAAGCUAGAAAGUUUUAUCUUUACUCUGGCCACGACUAUACAGUUAUGCCCUUCAUGACAGCCUUCAACGCAAGCGACGGCAAUUGGAGCCCAUACGCCUCCAUGAUUCAGUUGGAGUUACUGGAAACUACUAGUUCAAAAGACACGGAUUAUGCCGUGAGGCUGCUCUACCAAGGGCAAGAACGUGUUAUCCCGUACUGCCGCAGGUCUCCAUGUCCGCUGGCUCAGUUCAGUGAGUACAUCCGGGCCAUUAUACCUCAACACCCGGAUACAGAUUGCAAAGUGACCAAUCCGAAGCUAUGGAAUAUGCCAAGCCCACCGCGUUUUGGGUCAGCUAAAGUUUUCUUUUAAAGGAAUCAAACACGACUACGUCCUAACAAGUAGUGAAUCGAGAAGAGGGCCACGCCCUAACACUCGGUUUCCUGUUUCCCUUAUGGUUCUACGUGAUUGUGCACGCCAAUUUUGUUCAAUUUUUUCCGAGAUUUAUCAGUAAUACUGAGUGGGAAUUUAUCGCAUUUCAAUCUAGAGGAAAGCUAAGCUUUUUUCAGUGAAUCAAUAGACAAAAUUCUUAGUUCAAAAUGUGAAGAUUCACUUACAGCGAGAAGUUCGUGAAAAAUAAUUUCGUUCGGUGUCGUUUGAGAUGCUUUGACUCGUGGUUAAUUUUUUUUCCUAAGUAACUUUAAAUUGUUUGUGUUUGGUAAGUGUUACAAAUAGAAAUGCUUCGGACCGCCCGAGGAUGUUCAAUUAAUUAACGAUAAAGCUAUCAAACAAUCAAACAGAAUUAAAAUACAAUGGAAAAACUUCUUAA